GCGCCGCCGCCGCGGUCGCCGCCGGGUGGCGCCGCCGCCCCGCUGGUUGGCGCCGCCGCCCCGCUGGCUGGCGCCGCCGCCGCGGCCGCGCGCGCCGCCGGCGCCCCCUCCCUGUUGGCGCCACCUGCCCUGCGGGCGUUGGUGGCGCCGCGGGCGCGGCUGGCUCCUUGGGGGCCGCCAGCCCCGCCGGUGCUGCGGCGGCUACGUGCGUCGCUGGCGCCGCACUCGCGGCCAGCGCCGCGGGCGGCCGCGCGCGCCGCCGGCGCACCCCUCCCCGCGGGCGCCACCUGCGCUGCGGGCGCUAGUGGCGCCGCUGGCGCGGCCGGCUCCACGGGGGCUCGGGGGCCGCCAGACCCGCCG